AUGUUUGCACCACCCUCCAGCGUGGCGUGCGAUGUCUACGCGUCCCAUCCCCGCCUGUGCGUCAACCUAAUCUACUUUGUCGUUGUCGACGUCGGCUUCUACCUCAUCUACCUCCUCCAGGGCUCAACGUGGCUCAUUGACCCGCACUGGCAGCUCAUCCCGGUGUGCAUCUCGCUCUUCUUCUUCUCACACCCGGACGCCGGCUGGGACGAAGGCGUGCCGCAACACCCGCGCGCAUACCUCGUCCUUGGGUUGCUGCUUGUGUGGGCGACGCGGCUGAUGCACAACUACCUGCGCCGGGAGGGCUACCAGUUUGGGGAUCGGGAGGACUGGCGGUACAAUGACAUGCGACGCGAGCACGGACGCUGGUUUGUCAUCAGCCAGUUCUUCGCCGUCUGCGUCGCGCAGCACUGCAUGCUCGUCGGCUUGACGAUGCCGCUGCAGCCAGCGAUGGCGGCAUCGGGCGCCUCCCUCAACCGGUUCGACGCACUGGCCGCGUCCCUCUGCCUCACGGGCAUCUGUGUCGGUCUCGUCGCUGACAACCAGCUCUUCGCCUACAUGCAGUCGCCCGACAAGCCGCUCCUCCUCGACAGCGGCCUCUGGCGGUUCUCGCGACACCCAAACCACUUUGGAGAGCAGCUUUGGUGGAUCGGUAUCUUGAGCUCCGCCGUCGCAGCAGCGGGUGGGUGGUCAGGUUUUGUGGCCGGCGGCCCUCAUUGCUGGGCUGUGGCCUUUGGCGUGUGCUUCAACCACCCGAUCGACACGCUGGCCACGCUGCCGCUCAUCGAGGCACGCAUGCUGCGCCGCCCCGAGCGCGCAACUCUCUACCGUGCAUACCAGAGGCGCACGCCGCUCCUGGCGCCGUGGUUUGUGCGCGGCGGUGGGAAGGAUGCCAAGGUGGCGUGA